AUGAAAACAGUGCCAGAAACAUCACUAAGGCAAGCUGCAUCAGAUCCUCUAGGCACCGGAACACCAUCGAGACGCUGGAUCCACAUGUCAGUUCCUCAGCAUCCACCGCGCUCUCAAAAAGUGAGCUCACCAUCAGCAGGAUGCCCCAAGCCAGCGCUGGGAUCGCUACGGCGGCGGCGGGACGGCGGCGCGGCAGAAGCGGCCGCCCGCAUCCAGGCCAGGGAGCGGGACAAAGAGCAGCGGGUGCGAGAGGUCCGUGUGGAACAUAUCAAGCUGAAGCAUGAAAUCCCAAACCUUGAAACCAUCUUGAAAGCUCAGGGAGAACUGGUAGACAGUCAACUUUUUGUGGACUUUGAGCACAUGAGGAAAGAGAAUCAGAAACACAACAAAAAGAUUGAUGAUCUCGGUGAUGAAAUCCAGAAGCUCAAAAAGAACGUAUCAAACACAGUACAUAUUUUCAGCCAGUUCAGGGAAAAACUACAGUUUGUGGAAGCUGAAAAUCAAGGCCGAAAGGCUGAACUGAUGGACAUCGAGACUGUCUUGUCACAGGAGGGAGACAAUCUGACCAAAACAAAACAGGCCAGAGACAGGCUGCGGAGAAACAAUUUGAAAUUGCAGCAGGAAUGUGGGUUGAUUGGAAAUGAGAUACUGCUUCGGGACUUCGAGGAGAAGGUAGAUACUGCAGAGCUGCUAAGCCAGCAACUGGAAACACUGGAACAUCACUAUGCUAGGCUGAUCCUUUCUUGUAGGGGAAUUCAGAAAAAAUCAAGGAAGCCAAUUCCAAGAAAAGCAUCGUAAAGAAAUAAACAAAAGAGUUUUCCAUAAUUCUAAUUCUUAACAUGCUUUCUGAUAAGUCUUUAAUAUGUUACACAUACUCCUGAAAGCAUACUUCUAAGUGACCUCUCAGUAUUGUUUAUUCAACAAAGAGAUUACAGUAGUUACUCAUUUUGAAUGAAACCACAUACAUGUGCCUGUCUUAAACAAAAAAACCCUCAGUCAAAAGUCUACACUUUCAGAAAACGAUCUUAGCAUUCAGUCCUUUAAGGCCAUGGCAGUGUUGUAUAAGCAGAGCACUCCCCAUCCCGUAACUCACAUCCUGAUUCUGCAACCAUCUGUAUGGAUUUUUUAACUUUGUAUCGACUUCAUCUGUACAAUAAAUAUCGUACAAUAAAUACUGCCCCAUUGCAAGGGGUGAUCUUCACACAUAGGGCUGAGAACCGGAGAGCAGCUUAUUCUUAAUACUGGACAUGACCUGCAUACAGUCAAUAUAAUAUAGAAGCACCAAAUCAUUCACCAAUUCUGUAGCUGCCAAUUUUGCCCUGGUGGUACACAAGAAAUGUUUAUUACUUCAAGAACUAUUUUCAUAGUAUAAAUAUAUACAUGAAUCUUACCACUCAAAACUAAGAGUUUUGAAUUUUUUUGGUCUUUCAGCUUUUAGUUUUAGAGGGUACUCAACCUUGUCCUUAUUCAUGUCUGUGAAGAGGUAGACAAUAGCAUAAGCCCAUCACUGUUCCAGUCUCCUCUGCACUGCUCAACUAUAGAGCAUCAGAAUUCCAGAAAAAAAAAAAAAAUUGAAGGGGAGGCAGCAAAAAACAUUUACAUUUAUGACUCUGCAGCUCACAGAGCUUUAGUAACAGGAAGCAGCUUACCCUUUCAAAAGAGUAUGUUCUUUAAACUCCAGUUCUCCCAUGGCAAAUAGCGGCUAUGAGACUGAUCUAUAUCCCACAGCUCUUGCUGCUGCGGCAUUACUUUUGAUUUAUGGCAUGGGAUGGAUGUAAAGAACAUAGAAACAUCUUAGGCCAGUAAAAUGGUGGAGCUCUGACAUACUGAGUUCUCAUUACUGAAGAAACUGCAACUUUCUCUGCUCCUUAUAGGCCAUCACUGGCUGAUGUGCCCGAUUACUGAAUCAGUCCCACCUUAUUGUUAAUUUCUAUGCAUGAUACCACUACUUUGCCUAGACCAGCAAACUUUAGUCCCAUUUCUGGCAGUCAGAGUUGGGUAUUAAAGGCCCAGAUUGAAGUGUUCAACGGUUGUGAAUUUUGCAGGAAAAGCAGCACAUCCCAGUGGGAAAGAGUAAGAAUGGGGUCUUUUGGUUUUCCACUGCAGGUUGGAAUUAGACCCCAUAGGACCAGUAUUGAUAAGCUGUGUUUGAGCUGCUGGUUCUAUUUCUAAAUUAAGUCGCAUAAGCAACUUAAGAUGCAAAAAACACAAUUAAGAAGCAAAGCACACAAGUCACUGAAUGCACUUAUAUGGGGAUAAAAAGUAGAUGAACUUACAUUAAGAUGUUUCCAGCAAUGGCUUACACCUUCCUCUCUUAAAUCAUCUCUGAACUACGUUUUCUGAACUGCCAGGAUAUUUAAAAGACAAAACAUAAUUAAAGUGGU